AUGGGCAGGAACCAUCACCACCUCCGACUUCCUGAACAUCUCUACCUUUCGCCGCCUCCUCCACCUCCAACUCCGCCGUUCUCCUUCACCUCUGCGUCCCUCCUUGCUGUCAAGUCUGCGGUCCAUUUCUCUCCUUCUGCAGUGCUCUUCUGGGAGACUGGUCGCCCCAAACCCUUUGCUGUCGGAGAUCGCAUUCCGGGGUUCAAAACUUCAGCCGCUUUCUUGACGACCCUUCGCGCAAAUCUCAUCCUCGACCUCGAAUCUGCCCCGCCCUCUUUAGCCAACACACCGGACAUUCUAAGACCGACCGACAUGGCUUCGUCCAGCAGCCUUCCUCCUCCUUCACCUUCGCCUUUAGCGCAAAGCUCCGAGCCCGUCGGUGAUGGUUCUGCACUUGCUGAGAAGCACGCGGGACCACUCGACUCGAUCCCCGAGCUCACGACUAAGCCCGCCGUCACCGAAGACGACAAGAUUGAAGCACUGCACUUGAUCGCCGACUCUGUUGCUCAACAACGGCAGCUCGCCUCUUCUGCCAUCAUUUUCCAUCCUUUGACUCUCGCCCUGCUCGUCCUUCUCCUCGGUCUUGCCUAUCAACAUCUAUAUAAAGGCGCUUCCUCAGAUUGGGUAAUUAUUGGCACGACGUCGGCUGGCACUCUCAUGGCCGUUCUGAUCACCGUACGUUGGCUCACAAGCGGCUACAUUUUUGAGGCCGAGCGUGUAGGGACCUGGAAAUGGCUGAAUGAAGGCCGUGAUAAUUCGGAGAAGGGUAUCGUGGGUUCUGAGGACGAAAUCCUCCUGACUAGGUUUGGUGACGACAUCAUUGGUACGAUUGUCGUUCGCGGUGUGCGCGAUGCUCCUGGUUCUUCCGGCAAGUCGCGCAAGAAUGCGCCCAUCACUGGAUAUAUCCGUGCAUGGACAGUCAAGCGCUUGUAUAGACGGAAAGGUGUGGGCCAGGGGCUGCUCGAAGAAGCAGUUGCGUUGUGCCAGCAAAAAGGGUGGAGCGGUCCAGAAUUUGCAGAGGACCAUGCCAACUCGGCGAACAUCCUGCAUCCGACCUUCUCGGGUGGUUUCAAAAAGAGGGAAAAAGAGGCGAGGGUGAUGCUGGAGAGGGUGAUUGAGGAGAGCAGGGCGAAUGCCGGCGGCAAGAAAGGCAAGAGAUGA